AGUAGCCAGGAAUCUGCAGCUCCCGGGAGAACUGAUCGUGCCCCCAAACGCGGGCGAGGAAUCUAGCGAAAACAGCCAAGCGGAAGCGGAACCAUGUAUUGCCUUCAGUGCUUGAUACCGGUGCUGCUCAUCCCGAAGCCAACGAAUCCGGCGCUGAUGCAAACGCACGUCAUGUUUAUCGUGCUCUACCUGAUCGGAUUCUUCCUGGAACGGAAACCGUGCACCAUUUGCAGUGUUGUGUUCAUCAUGGCCGUGUUUCUGAUCUGCAACAGUGGCGUCGGGAACUGCCUGUUUUGGGGCAACUGCGAAGGGCACACGUGUGAAAAUGGCUAAGGAAUGUGCGGCGCCCGAAGCAGUGGACAUAAUGUGCGACCAUCACCGCGACUGGAAUCCUCCUGGGCGUAUCGAUUGUGCGGCAUGUUUUGGUAAACAAUAACUAUCCUCAACUAAAUCUGUUACUUCUCCUUUUUGGCGCACUCCAACGAAUAGUGGAUAUUAAUUAACUAGUCCAAUGGAUUGUUUUAGCGUGAGACAUAAUUUACUUUUAUUCUGUGCGGUUGCUCGAUACUGGAACCAGUGGCCGCGCAACUAGUACCAAAUAGCGAAAGGGAACCGUUUUAAUUGUUAUGCUUUUACUUGUGUUACGUUGUACGGGGUCGAUGUUGUUACUUUCGUCGACGACAAGAAGAGUAAUUAUUUGAGAACGCAAAGACUUCGGAAGCAGAUCAAACUCACGCUACCAGCGGUUGUGCCUGCCCCGCUUCGGGCGGUAGGGCUGAGCCUUGAUGGGAUUGACGAUAAGUGAUGAUGAACCCUCCACAAAGUAUAAGAAGAAACGCUGUAAAAAUGCAAUGAAAAAUCAUACAACCGAAUGUAGCAUCGUAGGGUAGUGUUGGUUCGUUUAAAAGCAACCGUAGAUAAGCAACGAUAAGUUAACCAGCGCAGAACGAUUUUUUACUGCAAGUAGGCGCUUGCAGAAACAUACAGGUUGAAACAAGUAAUAUUGCCGUACCCUUAUCGACACGUUGUGAACUUACUAAAACUAACGGAUACAUAAUUGGUUUGAAAAGAAAAUAUCAUUCGAUGCUGGGCGUGGAUUGGAUUGAGCCCCAUCCUGGUUGCCAUUGUAAAUGUUUCAAAAUUAAUAAACUUUAGAAAACCAUAAAAUGCGGAGUUGACAUGAAACUGUUGAAUUUAACGCGCUGAGCUUAACAAAACAAGAUCGGUACGAAAGUCGAGCGACGCUGAAUCAUUGGGCGAAUCGCAAAAGAGGGUUGGCCAAGUGCCAAAAUAAAAUUUCAAGCCACAGACACGCAAGGGAGACAGAUAAGCCCGGGGGCCAAUAGUAUCACACGCGACCCCCAGGCUUCGCAGCCCGUUUCAAGGUGUCUACAAUCACGACCACAGCCAGGCAAAUCGAGACAGACCGUGUUCGGGCAACCGGUGUAGAUAUGUAAUAUUUAUUUAUUUUUAACCCCUAGGAUAGUGUGUUGAACGAAAUAAUAAAUUGUAA